UUCUAGAAUUGUAUUUCUUGCCAAAUAUUCUUCAGCAUAACCAAUUUUACGGUACCUUCUCGACAACAACCUCAGCUACGAACAAUUCUUACGACAGUAAUCACAUCUCGAGUCUUCCUUUUACAGAUCUAUAUUCAUCGCUCCCAGAUACCCAACUUUAUUAACACCCUAUUUUAUUAUCUUCCGUCUAAAAUUAAUCACCAUGUUAGAGGCACGACUCGAGCAAGCCCAGAUCCUCAAGAAGGUGGUCGAUUCCAUCAAGGAUCUGGUGCAGGACUGCAAUUUCGACUGCAAUGACUCGGGCAUCGCGCUGCAGGCCAUGGACAACUCCCACGUCGCCCUCGUGUCGAUGAUGCUGAAGGCCGAGGGUUUCUCUCCUUACCGCUGCGACCGCAAUAUCGCCCUCGGUGUAAACCUCGUCUCCCUCACAAAGGUCCUACGCGCGGCCCAGAACGAAGACAUCCUCACAUUAAAGGCUGAAGAUGCGCCCGAUUCUCUCAAUCUCGUCUUCGAGAGCAGCGAGAACGACCGUAUCAGCGAGUACGACUUGAAGCUCAUGGAUAUCGACCAGGAGCACUUGGGUAUUCCUGAGACGGAGUAUGCUGCGACUAUCUCUAUGCCUUCAUCCGAGUUCAGACGUAUCUGCACGGAUUUGAUGGCUAUGUCCGAAUCUGUGACGAUUGAUGCUACCAAGGAUGGAGUCAAAUUUUCUUGCAACGGUGAUAUUGGUAACGGUGCCGUUACGCUCCGAAGCCACCAGAACGUCGACAAGCCCGAACUCAACAUCGACAUCGAGCUCACCGAGCCGGUCGGCCUUACCUUCUCCCUCAAAUACCUGGUCAACUUCUGCAAAGCCCAAGCUCUAUCUACCACCGUCAAGAUCUGCUUAUCCAACGAGGUGCCCCUUCUUGUGGAGUAUGGACUGGCCGGCAGCAGUUACUUGAGGUUCUACCUCGCUCCCAAGAUCAGCGACGACGAGUAAGAAAUUAAGCAAGACGGAAGCUAAUGAGAACUACGAAUAUACCACGUCGAUAUUUGGAGGUGGUAGAAUACCACGGGGCUUGCCAUGGAACCCUUCGUGCUCUACGAAAUGGAUACGAAUGAAUACCGUAUGCAAAAUGUUAAUUGCAUUAUUAGUAUAGUUAGGGCCUCUUGGACGGCAUUGGCUUUAGAUGCAGUAUCAGUCCAUAAUUUGCGAAGCGAUUAAGGACGAGAUAGGCAGAUUAAUGGGCUUUAUAGCCCUAAUAUAAAUUCAUUUUCUUA